AAUCAAGACCUCUCAGAUUUAAGCUGGUAUGCAAACCAUUGUGCUGUUGGUGUUGUGGGUACUGGGAACAUCACUGGUGUUGCCAGACCCUGACACAGCUGGAGAGAAAGUGGCCGAAGAGCCUAUUCCAUGUUCUAAGGGAUGCACCUGUCUGCAUGAUGACUACAGCUUGGAGCUCAACAUGUACUGCAGUGCUCGUAACUUCACACAAGUCCCAUCAGACAUGCCCCAAUCCACUCAUUCUCUCUGGCUGGAUAGCAACUUGUUCACCUCGCUCCCGGCAGCAUCUUUUAAGGAUCUUACCAACCUGGACUUUUUGAAUUUGCAGAGUGGCCAGCUGGUGACACUUGACCCUCAAGCUUUCAAGGGACUUAGGUCGCUAGCACACAUUCACCUUGAGCGAAAUCGCCUCCGGGUGUUACCAGGUACAAUCUUCCAGAAUACACCUAACAUUGCUUCACUUAGUUUGCAUAACAACCAGCUCACUCGUAUUGAGGAAAGACUGUUUGCAGGACUCUCACACAUGUGGCUUCUCAACCUAGGGUGGAACUCAAUUGCAGUUUUACCUGAGGCGGCUUUCAAUGACCUGCAAGGUCUACGAGAGCUUGUCCUUGCAGGAAACAGACUCGCUUACUUGCAGCCACAGCUUUUCCAAAAUCUUGCUGAGCUUAAAGAGUUGGAUCUGACAGGAAAUUACAUCAAGGUCAUCAAAGCUAAUGUGUUCGUUAAACUCACUAAACUACAAAAGCUUUACCUGGCCCAGAAUCAGAUUGUGACAGUGGUACCUAGAGCCUUUGUAGGCAUGAAGUCGCUAAGAUGGCUAGAUCUCACUAACAACAGACUAGCUUCUCUCCAUGACGACACUUUCUUGGGCCUGCACAGCCUUCAUGUACUACGUCUUUCCAACAACUCUAUCACUGGAAUAAGGCCCAGGACCUUCCGUGAUCUGCAGUACUUAGAAGAGCUACGAUUGAGCUAUAACAAGAUCCGAGCCCUGGGGGAAAGGAUCUUUGAAGGGCUAGGUCAUUUGGAGGUCCUAGAGCUAGAGCACAACCAAGUGCAGGAGGCACAAGUGGGUAGUUUCACAGGGCUCUCUCAUGUGGCUGUCAUCAACCUGUCUGGUAGCUGCUUCCACAGUCUGCCAGACCAAGUGUUCAAAGGUCUGUCAAAGCUUCACAGCCUUCAUCUGGACAGAGGCUGCCUAACAAGGAUCACAACUCAAGCUUUCACUGGACUCUCUGGUCUACGGAGGCUUUUCUUGCAGCACAACAACAUCUCUGUGGUCGAACGCCAGAGCUUUGUGGACCUGGUGGGCCUAUUGGGACUGGACUUGAGUUUCAAUAAGCUGGAGGUUCUCACAACCCAUACAUUCUCUGGCCUCAAGAAUAUGGAGUACUUGCUGUUGUCCAACAAUGAAUGUCGACAAUUUUUGCAGAAUGGCACAAAGCAACUACUCCCAAGGCUGCGCUAUCUGGACCUGAGAGCGAAUGCCAUAACAAGCAUGGUACCUGAUUUCCCAGAGAAUAUGGAAAAACUUUUGCUGUCUGGGAACCGAUGGAAAUGUGACUGCAGCGCCCUCCCCCUCAGAAACUACAGCUUGAGGAAUCCAUUGGUGAUACCUCGGCAAGUGGAGACCCACGCAGAGGGUGAAGAGCCUGACACAACUAUCACCAUAUACAACAACAUUACAUGCACCAGCCCACCACGUCUAGCUGGCCAGGACCUGCGGGAUACUGACAGUGAACUCUUUGAAAGCUGCUAGACAACCAUGCACAGAUGUGUUUAGGGAACUGGAAAAGUGUUACCUUUAAUAUUUUCAGCAAUGUCAAUUCAUUCAGUUUCUUAUUUCAAGAUUUUAACUGUAAUACUAAUAUAUAAUUUAUCUGCAGAAAAGGGAGAAUUUGACAGUUUGUUUUCAAUCCACUACAAAUGCUUUGAGAUAGUUGAGUUUAUAUUGACAUUGGAGAGUAAGAACUGUAUAGCCCUGAGUUUUAACACUUUGGGGACUGGGUUACUAGGCGGGGUUGCUUUAUAUGGAAACAUGUUUGCAGGAGAUAUAAAAAUGGAUAGCUUUAAAUGUGAUGCAUUUAGAUGUGUUUUUAAAAUAAUAAUAAUUUAAUAUAAAUAUACUUUGAAGUUCUGUAUAAACCACGUGGACUUCAUUCAUACUCUUGAACACAGAAAGUAUCACAUUUACAUAAAAAUGUGAUAGCAAUUUCAUUGCUGUGGUCGUUAGCAUUUUGGGACAAUAAAAGGGGAUAGUGGAGCAGAAACCAUAAAGGCCUGUUGUUUGAAAUGGAAACAGAUGGAUUUCUGGGAUCCCGAUAAACCUUAUGCAAAACAAAGAGCAACAAAACUGA